GAUCUGGCAGGAGAUUACAACCUAUCGGUCACUGGCGUUUACGAGUUUAACAACUACAUCCCCAAGGAUAUACAAGAGAUGGAGAAGAUCGUUGCUGACACCUACAGGAGGACUAGAGUCUACGUGUUCGUUGGAGAGCAUAUCGCUUUGGUGGACUUUGUAAGGUGUCUACAGCAGCGUAGACUGCUGGAACAGGGAGACUACGUAGUUAUAUCAGUGGACGACGAGAUAUACGACCCUGACCACAAGCGUAGCAUCGUGCAACGCGAAUACUUGGACCCGUUUAUCCACCAGGGGGGUGCCGAGCUGAAGGGGUUCCGUUCCGUGCUCAAGUUGGACCCCGUCCCACCCCAGGAACCCCCGCUAUAA